UUUAAGUAAUUAUAUGCAUAUAACACUAUAAAAUGGAACACCAUGAUUGUAAUCACUCACACUGCACAGUGACAAGUACAAAUAUGUCUGUAUGUCAGACAUUGUCUGAAAUGGAUUGGGAAAGAGGUCUAUGGUAUGCAGCUUUUUAUGGUGACAAAGACAGAGUUAAAUACUUGAUUGACAAAGCAAAGAAUAUUAAAGAAGCUGUAAAUGCACCAGAUAAUUCGGGUUAUACCCCACUGCACUAUGCUGCACGCACUGGUAAUAUUGACAUCUGUAAAAUAUUAUUACAAAAUGGUGCAAUUAUAAAUUCACAGACCAAAAGCGGUAUGGCCACACCCCUACACAAAGCUGCAGCAGCAGGUAAGACAGAUAUGGUGAAAUUUCUUAUUCAGUCUGGUGCCUGUGUGGAGAUGCAGGAUAUUGAUGGUCAAACAGUUCUUCACAAAGCAGUCGAGAAGAACAACAUUGACUUGGUUAAUUACUUGCUUACCACCUAUCCUAGCCUUGCUCAUAUAAAGAACAAGAAAGGUAUUUGUGCUGUCAAAUAAGGUUUGCUGCUUUUGCAAGUGAAUUGCACUAUUAUUUAUUUAAAUCACAAAUUACUAUGUACUUGUAAUUAUUUGAUGAAAUUUUAUCCUAUAUGCAAUGUCAAACAUUAUUUAUGUUUCUUUGUACUGUAAAGUUUAAAAAAUGUUAAUUUUAUACUUUAAGUAAUAUUUAAAUUGAUAUUAUCUAUGUAAAUAGUGAUAUAUAGAAUUUAUAAAAUACCUAUAGAAGAAAACUUGAGUUGCUUAUUGCAUAGAAAAAAUAAGACUAUGUUUGUUUUUAAUUAAUUAUACAUAUAGGUGAUAUGUGUAAUCAAUCUUGGCUGAUUCAACAUUAUUCAGUUAUUUAUAAUUAUUAUAGAUAUUAUAAUCUAACCAUAUCUAUUGGCGUAUUUAAGAAUAUUUUCCAGGGUGGGCUUUACCCUUUUAAACUAAGAACAUUAAGUACUGUCAAACAUUUUUGCACUUAGUUGAAAACUCCACUCGCAUCCUGGCGAAUCACCCGACGAUUCUGGAGUGGGCAUAGUCGAUCCUGCCUUCCUUAAAUAUGGUUAUGUCACAUCUUUAAUAUCCUUCGCUAAUCAACAUAAAUGAAUAUAAAAACUAAAAACAAGACUUUAUCAAAUACAUUGUUCCAACAAUAUUCUUAUUAUAAAAUUUAUUUUAUCUAUAAUUAUGGUUUUUACGUCGCCAUCUUGAUGUUACACACGUACUUUUAACUAUUCACCUUUAUUAGUAGAUAUAUAUGUUCACUUUCUCUAUUUAAUAUCCAAUCUGUUUAAUUAAAUAAAUUUAUAUAUAUAUAUAUAUAUAUAUAUAUAUAUAUAUAUAUAUAUAUAUAUAUAUAUAUAUAUAUAUAUAUAUAUACCAUACUUUACAUUUUUACAUAGAUCCAAAAAAAAUCUUAAAUCUACAAGUACACUCGUAAAAUGACUAGAUAGCCAAAUUCCUACAUAAAAAGCAUUGGCUCAUCUAUCGAAAUCUCCAAUGAGCUAGGAAACGAUUUCCAUGUAGGUACUUUCUUAUAUACUAAGUAGAUUGGAACCAAGCUUAAGUCCCACUUAAAAGCUGAAAUUCGGCCUAUAACACAUUAGGAAGACAUAAAAAUAUCUGUAUUUUAACAGUUUACGGUGUUAUUUAAAGUGCAUUUAACGCCAAUCAUCUGAUCACUCGAUAAAUAUGAUUAAAUAUUAUUUUAUAAACGUUUCUGUAACAAUCAUUUGGCACAAAUAUAUUUGUAUACCGAAUACCUAUAAUUCAAUUACCUGAUCAUGUUUUUACUAGUCUCCAUAUAUGUAUUUAUCACUCGUCUCUUAUUCAGUUUAUUCUAAAGGCAGGUUAAUUUAUUUUUAUAUCUUUCAUCAUUUUGGUCCUAGGAAUAAGCUGUGUAAAUAAGAGGCAAUGUGGUAAUAAUGUUUCGAAUAGCCAUAUCAUUUGUUAUAAAUCAUUCAUAAUGUGACGUUUAUAGUCUACGUUUUGUAGAUUAGAAUAGUUACUAGUAUAGUAUUAAGUUACCUAUGGUGUAGUUUUGAGUUGGUUUAGUGGAAACGAUCCUGAUAUAUUUUCGACUUUUUAGCCUACUAUUCCCAAUGUGAUAUUAUCUGAGACUUUUUUUUAUACCAUACAUGUGGCAAACAAAAGUACUGCUCGCUUGAUGCUAAGCGGUUACCGUAGCCUGUGGUUGUCUUCAAUAUCCACAAUGUCACUUGCGCUUUGUCGGCCGCAAGAUGAUCCUUAAGAACCACAUACUUUAAGAAAAUCUAGACCAGGAAGCUCAUUCCACAAUUGGAGUGGGUGAUCAUUUAGACUGAGAGUAAAAGCUCUUUGAUAUCAGGUGAUGCGAAUAAAAUAAAAUCUACUUAUAUAAUUUUAUAUUUUAUAGAUUAUUACCCUGUUAUACAAAAUACGUGAGCCUAAUAAAAUUUAACGACUCCAUUCCAUAUAAUAAUAUUUCAUACUGUUAUAUAUGAAUAACAAUUAUGUGUAAAUAACUUGAUCCACAUCUGUAAUUAUUUUAUAUGGGUAGUAGUAACCUUGUUAACCAAAAUGUAUUUUGUAUUUUCACUUAUAGAACACCUUUGUACUGAAUGUAUCUUUUGACGAAAUAAAAUAAUUAUUUGUAACA